AUGAAAGCUGCUAGAAGACCAAUUGCAGAACUGACUGAAAAAGAAAAGGAAAAAAAGCGACGAGAAUGGAGACUUGCCAAAAAAAAACAAAAAGAAGGUGGUGUAACAAAACCAAAGAACAACAAGUGUUGUGCGUUAAAUGCACGAUUAUGUGAAAAAUUGAAGAAGCGAAUAACAGAUCAAAAGAAAGUUAUAGAUAAUAUAUUGCUGAAGAAACAUGCUUUACAAAAAAACCUAUAUAGACAUAAAAUUAAAAUUGAAGAGCUGCGCAAAUUGAUCUCAAAUUCAGAACGAACGGAAAACAAAUAUUUAAUAAACUCAUCAGAAAGUAAAACCAACAGUGAAUUUGUACCUACAGACAUUAAUGCACCAACUACCUCAUCCGGACUGACCACAACUGACAAAUCUGAAAAUGAAGAUUUACGUGAAAAAACUCCCAUGUCUAAAACAUUAUCCUUUAUAAAUGAAAAUAUUCCAUCCAUAUCCACUCCUGAAAAAAAUAAAGUUAAAAAACAGAUCCUGCAGCUGAAUGUGAUCAGUGCUUCGUUACAGACAGCAUAUGAAAAACAUGACAAUAAAUCAAAACAGAUCCUAAAAGACAUUGUUUCAUCCGAAGCAAUAGAAAAAUAUAAUCUGAAAACUGAUAUUUCGAAAUCAUUGGGACUGAAAGGGAGAAACCAGAUACCGAAUGACUUGGAUCCAGUACCACUUACUACACGAUUACAUCAAAUUACUUACCAUGUUCCAUCAACAACACUAAGGUACCGCAAUGUCAGUUGUUUCUGUAAGUCAUCUUUGCCAAGAGGGAUUUGCGAAUGCUACAACGCGAAAACUCACGUCCUGAAAAAAACUAUAGUCCACAAGAUAAAUUGUUCAACCAAUGUUAGUAAAAGGAUGCGCAACAAUGAGGAAGCGGGGCAAUUGAAUGAAUGCGGAGCAGUGCUGCCAGAAAUUCCCGUGGUUUCACAUCGAAUAUCAACCAAUGACAUUGACGUUAUACAUGACGAAGGUGGAAUUUUUCAAUCGAAAACAAAAGCAAGUAGUUGCAUCAUUCGGGAAACUGCUGGAACAAAAAUUGUAUUGAUGGCAAAAAAAUCAGAAUUCACUUAA